UUAUACGUCUUUAGUUUCUCUUAUCUGUGGUUGCAAUUCCUACAUCCUCCAGUCACAAAACCAAUGCGAAAUUGAAAAUGCUUUUUCAUUGAUAAAAUAUUCUUAAUAUUGAGAUUUAUAUUUAGUGUAAUUUAUAAUUAUUAUUGUGUAGUAUGUUUAUUUCUGUAAAAAUGGUGUCAAUUAUGUUGAUUCUCCGAUUUUGAAUGGCUGGUAUCAAAGUACAGAACAAUUAAAUGAAUGAUGCAGUCUAUAUUCUGGACAGGCAGAGUGCUAUCACGUGCUAUUAGAAAUGGUCUUUCCAAUUUCUCUAGUGCUACAGAAUUAAAUGUUACGAAUAAAAAACAUCCAUACUUAGUGUCAGUGGUAUGUGGUUUCCCUAAAGACAUUAGUAAUGGAAGAACUCGUAAAGGUCAAUUUGGAGACGACGCAUGGUUUUCUACCAAUUGUAACAAUGCGGAUGUUAUUGGGGUCGCAGAUGGCGUGGGAGGCUGGCGUGCGUAUGGCAUCGAUCCGGGCGAAUUCUCCUCGUAUCUCAUGAAAACCUGCGAACGGCUAGUCCAAAUGGGCCAUUUUAAAUCAUCAGAACCCAGCGAUCUGCUAGCUAAGUCGUACUACGAAUUAUUGGAACAUAAGAAACCUAUAUUAGGUAGUAGCACAGCCUGCGUGAUGAUCCUGGAUCGCAGUGAGAGCGUUAUGCGUGCGGCCAACAUAGGUGACAGCGGGUACAUGGUAGUGCGAGGCGGACGCGUCGUACACCGUUCCCAUGAGCAGCAACACUAUUUCAACACACCCUAUCAACUCAGUCUGCCACCCCCGGGUCACGAUAGGAAUGUGCUAAGUGACAGGCCCGAGUCGGCAGAGACAUCCGAAUUCCCUGUGGAAUGUGGCGACGUAAUACUAGUAGCGACGGACGGCGUGUUCGACAACGUUCCCGAGCCCGUGCUACUGGCAGAGAUGCGUCGUGCGCAGGGCGUCGCCGGCGAUUCGCAACGUUUGCAAGCUGUAGCCAAUUCCAUAGCGUGGAUGGCCCGCAACCUCUCCUUUGAUGGCUGCUAUAUGUCGCCAUUUGCUAAAAGUGCGCGCCAAAACGGCAUAGAUGCAAUUGGAGGGAAACCAGACGACAUAACGGUGCUACUAGCUAUUGUAGCACUAUGAAGAUGUCUUCACAUGAUUUAGAUAGAUUUUAUGCGUGUGUUAUUUUCUAAACACACGUAAAAAAUAGUAGAAUUAGUGAUAAACUACGACACCAAAAACUUGCAAACUGGGUCAUGUUUUUUUUAUAUUUUAUUACUUUUUCAGGACAUGUUUUUAAAUAGAUAAUUUUUAUCUUGAAAUUACGAUUAGGUAACAAUAAUUGUAUUUAGCAUUUGUGAGAACAUGAUCUGAUUCUGAUGGUAAACAAACAUUGUGAUUUUGUAUGAAACAGCGUAUUGCACUAGUCACUUAAGAGUGAUAUCGAGCUGUGUAUUGCAAUUAUCUAUGCAAAUGAUUAAUUUAAUACUGUAUGUAUGAUAUUGUGAUUUAAUUAUUUUUGUGGAUUAAAAUGUGAUCUCUAGAUAAGAUUGGACUGACAAGUUGCGUUUACUUGUUUUCAUUGCCAGUCCAAAAUUUGUACAGUUAUGUAUGUUACAAAUUAUCAUAGAGACAUUGUCUCCACUUUACUAUUAUAUUAAUUACAAGCAUCUUUUUUUGGUUAUUAUAUAUUCAAACUUAUUGUUGAUAUGAUGUGUACUGCCAGAGCAUUAACAUGUACCUAAUCCUUUCAAAUAGAAGGAUUAUAUUGAAGCAAAAUAGACAUUACAUUGCGCAUAUGCAGUCUAGUUACCUGAUACAGUUUAAAGACAGCAAUAAAUAUCGUCGCGAUAAGUGGAGAGAUAAAUAAAUAAAUUUUACGUUUUUUGUCAUUAUUAUGACAUUUUUAUGAUCGAUAUUUAUAAAAAUAUUUUUCAGUAAAAUUGUCUUCCAAUUAUUAAUUACGACAAACAGAUGAAGGAAAAAUUGUAAAUCGCGAUCGUCUCGAAACCCAAAUUGAGUUAUUUAGUUCUCCGCCUAUAUCAACGAUACCACAAUAUUCCCAUAAGAACAAGGACUAGCUAGAAGUGACACUCCCGCCAGAAUGUACACGAUUCCACAAAAUUGAUUAUAUUUUAUAGUAAUAAUAUAUCUUUAGUUACUAUUUAUUUGACAUAUUUGACUAUUUAUUUUACUAUAGAGUAUAUACUUUUUAAUAAUUUGAUUAUUAAUAAUAAUUUUAGUGUAUUGAUGGUUCCAAACCAGAAAUAAAAGUACCAUAGUAUAUUGACGAUAGGAAUUCUAUUGGAACUCUUAAAUGUCUGGGUAUCUUUUUCCAUUUUUUCGAUAUCGGUACCGUUUUCAACUAAUUUGUUAACGUCGAGUUCAAAAAUAAUUUAAAAAGAUUCCGAAUGUAGUUUUAUUUUACAGAGGAUAUACCAUGUAUUAAGGUUUGUACUACAUGUUACAUAAAUUUAUCCAUGUCGUGUAUAAGUUGUUAUAUUGCAUGUAUCGUUUUUUUUACCUUUAUAAUUAGAGGUGUCGCCCUACUCAAUUUUUGUCUACACUAGGUUGUCACUUAUCUUUCCGCCUUUUAAUCUAAUAACGAAUUUAUUUUUAUUAUUUAUAUAUGACAAGAAAUGUUUUAAAUGAAUAUUAAUUGUGACAACUCUAUUCGAGUAAGAGGAAGUGGGGCACAUUUUGUCGGCAUCGGCGUACUUACAAAACAAAGUACAUGAGUGUCACUUUUAUCCAGAUUAUUCUUAUGAUAUUAUAUUAAUUAUGUGGUAAUGAAUAGUUCUCUAAUCAUUACAUUUGUGCUGCAAUAUUAACAAAUUCCAACGGCGCAAUACGUAAAUGCUUGCAGACAGUAUUUGACUAUUUACCAUACUAGAAAUUACAAUCUAAUAAUUAUUUUACUACGAACAAUACAUAUAAAUCGCUACAUAAAUAAGAGUAAAUAAUAAACGAAUUAUUAUAAAAUAUGUACGUCACAUAUAUAUUUAUUUAUAUUUCGCAAAGGUUUAAUAUAAAAACUUUGUAAAAAUUCGCCAAUAUCCAAAUUUGAAUUUUGUGUAGGUAUAAAAAGCUAAAAGCUCAUUGAAAUUUAUUGUUUUUAAUUUUAAUUUUGUACAUUAAGCAGGAGUAAUAUUAUAAAAUAAUACUAUCUUUAGUAUAUAUACUGAAUCGUAACGACAGCUGCAUUAUCUAGAUUGGAUGUGUUGAUGUUUGAAUGAAGACUGAUAUAGUUUUACAAUUCUUGUUGUUACUGUAAAUUGAAUGUUAUGGAACUUUAUUUCUGUACAACAACUAACGGGUCCAUGGAAAAAUUCAUUUCUUUUUUUACUUUAUUAACAUACUGUGUCAAUAAAUUUACUUCGAAGUUCAACAUGACUUCGUUAAAUUUAAAUCUAAAUACGUUUCAACAAUAUGAAUAUAAGCAAUGAGGUUAAUUGGAAAUGUUAAUUACUAGCGUUAAUUUUGUAAACAUUAGCUGAAUACCUACCAGAUGUGUAGAUACUAUUGCAUUGAAUUUGUAUCAAUCUUAAUUAAACACCUACCUAUAAUGUUCCGGAUGAUCAAAUUUGAAUUUUGUGUGACUAUAUUAUAAAUAAACAGAGCUGAUUCUUAAAUUA